AUGAUGCUGGCAGCCGGUGAGGACAGGUUCUGGGAGGAGGAGGUCGAGCGGCGGCGGCCACCGUGGCCCCGGCUUUCCUCGGUUGCGGUGCCCGGGAAGGCCCGCUUGGGGCUGCAGCUCUCGGGACAGCCCCGCCACCCCUGCGCUGCCCCUAGCCUCAGCUCGCCGGCAGGUGCGCCGUGGAGGCGCGCGGAGGAGCGCCGCCCGCCAGCAGCCCGGCGGGGAAGCGGGGCGCCGGCGGGGAAGCCGGGGCCGGAGGCGGCCGCACCAAGAGAUGCCCGCACACGCGCCCGCAUUGGCGGGCGCCGCGCUCCGGCCCGGGAAAGUGGCCGGCCCGGUGCGGGGACUCGUCGGCUGCAGCCGAGCCCUGGCGCUCGGGGCUGGACCCCGCGGAGGCGGGGCGCCGGGAAGCCGCCGCCGGGCGAGCGCGCUUCGGGAGGACCGGGCGGCGGGCGGGCGCCGCGGACUCCGAGCUCCCGGCCUUGGACGCCGCUUACCCAGCUCGGAGAUGUCGGUCUGUCCUUCCGUCCCUGGUCCGACCGCUUCGGCCGCCGGCUACCGAGGCCGGCGCGCUGCCUGCUCCUCCGGCUGCCCACGGCUCGAGAUCACGCGGACGAUCGCAUCCACAUGGAGUCCAAAUUCAUUAAAAUCCACGUCAAGCCACCAGCCACUUAUCUGUAUUCCUGA